AUGAGUAAUUUGACCUCUACUGUUAGUUGGACCAAACUGACCUUAAAUAAACUUAAGGACUUAUGUAUCGCUUGUGGCCUUUCUUCUAAAAGGAAUAAAGAAAAAGUGGGAGAAAGGCUUUAUAGGUAUUUUGAGAAGAAAACUGGAAAGUUACCUGAAUUUCCAGCUCAAACUACUCCAAGUGCAGAAGGUGUUUUUGAUCUGGAAAAUGUUUGUGCAGAUCUAGAUUAUCAGAAGGUAAAUGAUAAAAUGAGAGAGGAGUUCGUGACACAUUUUUAUAGAAAAAAGGAGAUUGAUUCUGUUCCAGUUGAUAUUUUUUUAGCUGUAUUGGGAAAUAUAGAAAAGAAGAUGGAUAAAAGUUUUUCUGCUCUACAUAGAGAAAUCGAGGAGAUUAACAAGUGUUUGGAUAGAGUGAUUAGAGCACCUUCAGGCUCCUUGAAAAAGGAGUUUACUAGUAUCAGAAAGGAGAUUGAGUCUCAUGCAGUAAUGCUGAGAUUAGCAGAUAACAAAAGAUGGAAUACAGCCUUACAAAUAGUUGGUAAUAACGAUAAGAUAAUGGAGAAGUACAAGGAUCAAAUUCCUCUUCAUAAGAAAAAAAGGCAUUCACCUUCCUCUUCAGAUUCUAAAAGAGGUGAUCAUGAAAAGUAUAGAAGAAAGAGCAAAAAGUCUUCUAUUUUUCGUGGCAGAAUUAACUACAGUACCUCAGAUUAUCAGAGGACACUUACCUGUUUUAACUGCGGAGGUUUCGGACAUAUUGCCUAUAACUGCCCUUCUUCAAGUACAAGGGCCCCUUCCAAGCACAAGACACAAGAUUGA